AACCGGAAGAAACACGUAGAUCAUUAGACCGGUCUGUUAUUAAAAGAGAGCAUACAGUAGAGUUAUUGAAAGUCUGAAAAACAUGGGUAAUUAAAUAAUACAAUUAACAAAUAGUAUUUAAUAUAUAAUUUAAAAUAGUAUAGUUUCUUUCUUUUUUUUUGUAAUGGGGGGGGGGUGGGGGGGGGGAACAAUUCAUGAUGAUAUUUUUAGUAAAAGUAGGCCUAACGUUAAAAUAGUAUUUAAUAUAUAAUUUAAAAUAGUAUAGUUUCUUUCUUUUUUUUUGUAAUGGGGGGGGGGGUGGGGGGGGGGAACAAUUCAUGAUGAUAUUUUUAGUAAAAGUAGGCCUAACGUUAAGUAUACAGUACAGUGUACAGUAGAUACUUUGAUAACAAAAUUAAAACUUAAAAAAAAUAAACCAAUGACAUAGUUGAAUAGAGCUAAUUUUUAAAAGAAUUAUAACACCAAAAUCAUAUUUUUAGCUGUUGUAGUUUUUAAGUUAUGAAUUUUUAAAGUACGACUUAAUUUGUCCUUUUUUAACAUGGACCACAUCUCCACAUUCUGUGACCCAAUUCCGCUGUUCGCGUCAUGAGCUUUAUAACUCUUCUUUUAAUGAUAAAUUUAUUUUCAGAACUAAUGCUGUAUUAAAAAAAUAAGUUUAAUAAUGUUAACAAUUAUAGAUAAAUUGUAGCUUAUCUAACUAUGCAUUGUUUCUAUCAUAAUGUAUUAAUAUAUGGCUUUUCUGUUCACCAAAUCUACGACGUCCAUUAUACCAAUAUUUGCUAUAUAGUCUAUAUAAGGCAACUCAUGCCUUAAUUACGAAAAUACUGUUUGGGAACUAUUGAACUCUCAACUUUGUUACAUGACUAAUUAAUUAAAGCUUUCCCUGACCUAGUUGAAUAGUUUUUGUACACGGCAAACUUUGAUGAAUGAAAUCUCUGAAAUAGUAGUAUAUAAUAGCCCUUAUGCAAGUCACUGUGAAUGGCUGCCAUGACAUUUUGCACACGGCGAAUUUUGAUCAUAAUCAUGUAUAAUAUGGACUCUACCGGGUUUUUUAACCUCAAAUUAAAAUAUUAUUCUUUCAAAAAAAUUUUAAUUCAUUCUAAAACAUAAGUUAUGAAAUAUUUUGAUGUAAAUAGUGGAAAUAAUUAUUUAUUUCCUAAGUAAAGGCGUCUUCCGCCACUGAAAGGGGGCGUGGCCACUUCCCAAUCGAAAUUGGGCUGAGCUAUAUUACCAUAUAGGGGUUCACUCAAGUGAGCAUAACAAGUGAUCGACAUGUCCUAACUCAAUGAGAAUUGACACAAAUACACAUUGAUAGAUAAUACAGAAUAAGACUUUUUUUUAAAGACAUAAAAGUUAAACUUCUAUACGAAUUUUAUAGUGAAAGAUGCCUUAUAUUUACAGGGGAAUCUCAAAAUACAGGUCGAUUGAAAAAUUUAAAAAAAAAGCAAUGUAAAUGUAGGCCAACAUGUCUACCUAAUUAUAAGGCCGGAAACGGAACUCAAAUAUAUAUAGAAAGCACUCAUUUAAUAAUAAAUAGACACACACAUCGGAAAAUUAAAAACUCGGAUUUUUCUGCGCCGAUUGCCAUUUCCGAUACACAAUAAGUAGUAGCCUCCCUUGGUUUACCGAAGUAUCUAUACAGUAGUACUAGUACUACUAGGUACUUUAAUACUAUACAAAUUUUAAAAAAAAAACAAAUGAAACCAGAAUCAACUUUUUAGCUUAAGUACUUUUUGAGCUACGAAUUUUUAAAGUGUGAGUUCGUUUGGUAUUUUUUACUAGGCAGUGUCUACACGUCCGGCGCGCCGGACAUAUAUCUCCAGCACUAUUUGUCCGGCGACCAAGUCACAUGACCGCCGUAACAAAGUGGCGAGAGAUAUCUUGUCUCUUUCAGCCUUGUCACGUGACUGUGAAUGAUUCAAAACUAUUGUUAAUUUUAAAAUCUAUUUCUCUACCAAGUAAUGUACUGAGUAUCUUGAAUGCAAAUAAUAGAAAAACAACUUAAGUGAAAGUGGCUUGCAAACAUUUUUGUUUAUUAGUUUGUUAUUUGAGUUUGUGCACCAGUAAUCCAUAAAAUAAAUUAGGGGCCAGUGUGGAGUAGGUAACCAAUAAAAGUAAAAGAUUUCAUUUUAAAUUGUUACAAAAUAUUUAAAAACUUCUCAUGAAACUACUGUUGAUGAUGAACAUAAUAAUAUAAAUAUAGUAUAAAAUAUUUUACAUUAAAAUGGGAGUAAAUAAAAAUGAUCCUAUCCCCGGUAUUGAUCCUCACAUCAUAAUAUCGUCAAGCGACCACUCUACCACUAAACCACACAAGAUCUACAAAACUGUAUUUUGUUCGAAAUUAUAAAAAUACUAGCCAUACGGCGGUCACGUGACAUACCGCCGGACGUAUAUCUUGCGCACUAUUUGUCCGGCGCGCCGGACGUGUAGACUCUCCGUUUUUACUAUGGACGAAACCUCCACAUCUUGUUACCUUAUUCCGCUGACUGCAUCAUGCGCAUUGACUAUAUACUUUAUAUAAGGCAACGCAUCCCCUAUCACUAAAAUACUGUUUAUGGUCGACUUAGUUUAAACUUUCAACUUUAGCACAUGAAUAAUUAAUUAAAACUUUCCCUGACCAAUGGUUUAAUAGUUUAUGCACAUGGCAAACUCUUAUGAAUGAAACUCUGAGAUAGUACUACGAUACAGCCAUUAUACAAGUGGCUGUGAAUGGUUGCCAAUGACAACGUGUUCUGAUCAUUUAAAAUAUGGACUCUACCAGGUUUUUAAAGCUCAAAUUAAAACAUUCCAGUUCAAAUGUCUUCAAAAUGCAUUCUGAAACACAAGUUAUCAAAUAUUUUGAUGUAAAUAGUGGUAAUAAUUUAAUAUUUCCUAAGUAUCAGCAACUUCCGCCAUUUAAAAGGGGGCGUGUCCCAUGCCAUGUCGAAAUUAGGCUGAGCGAACUGCUGACCUGCUGCAAACCCGUAGAAACAUGGCGUCUCUCGUAAAACACAUAUCGCUGUGAAAAUUGGCAUUCAUACAUGUAGAUCAAUACAUGCUCCAGAUGCAUAAAAAAUUUGGUAGUGACAUGUCUUUUACUUUAACUUAAUUUUAAUGGUUGAAGUUGCCUUAUAUUCACCAAGGAUUUUCAACUAGCUGACCACUCCACGUGCGGAAAUUUUUUUUUUACCGACAUCGUUGUUUUGCAGAUUUCUAAUCACUUAGACGGUAAUUACACGACCAGUUGCGAAUCUGCAAAUAAUGCUGAGCGUUAUCUGCAGACAGUUGGCAGACUGAAUUCUUCAAAUAACGGCGACCGUAUUUGCAGAGCUGUGCCAAUAAUCACUUCAAUUUAUAAUAUGGACCUAAUUAAAUCCAUUUUACUAGGGGGGGGCGGGGGGCGUGAGGGGGAUCAAAGUCUGAAAAAAUGUUAUCCAGCUUCUUCUUUGCCACGGCCAAAGUAAGAUGUGCAGUAAAAAUAAAAUCCAGCUGUAAACAUUUUAUGUGUGCUAAUUAUUAUGAUUAAAAUUAUAAAUUAAAAUACACGCCUAAAUAAUUACCGUAAGAAGUUUUACUGCAUACAAAGUUUCAUAUGAAAAAGAACAUCUUGUAUUAAAUAUAAUAACAUGUGAUUAGGCUUAAUGAUGAUAAAAUAAGCUUAGGCCAAUCAUUGUUUAGGAACAUGGUCACGUGAGCCAACACACACACACCCACACCCCCUUUUCGAUUUUCUGUUGUUGGGAGAAAUGUAUACUGAGUGUUAUUUACAUAAAUGAGCCCUAGUUUACUUAUAAAGGCAUCAAUAUUUUUAUGUACAAUUAAACAAUUUCAUUGGGUAUAUUGUGCAACUAUAACAAAAAUUAAUCAAUUUAAUGUCUAGGAAACACUACUAUUUAUUCUUUAAUGCAAUGCAGAGUAUGCAGAAUCAAUGUUUAAAACUGCACAUAAUUUUGAUGAAAACUUAAGCAGUUAUGCAUAAAUAAAAUAAAAUAUAUACAAAGAAAGAAAAAUUAGUGUAUUAUGUCUUGAAAAUCCGAUUGGAGUGAAUUUAUGAGACUAGACACAAACAAUAAAUUAAAUUUUGUUGGCACAUGUUUUUUCUUUGGCAACAUACAUACUUUAGAGUGAUUUCAGUGUUGUAAUCCAAAAUAGAUUAUGACCAAUGUCAUAAUUAAGCUGCGCGGCCGUGCAACUAUCUCAGAGACUCCGUGCAGUAGUUUUGAGUGUCCGCACAGCAAAUUCCCAUGUAAGUUUGUAUCUGUGGGCUGUAAAAUUUUGCACACAAAAAAAUUGAUGCUGUAAAACUUUGCACACAACUGUGUGAUUUUGCACACGAACCAACAAAGCUUAGAGGGAACAUUGAUUAUGACUACUAAUAAUUAUUGCACUACAUCAAUCUAUCACCAAUCGGUAGGUUUUUUUUACAGUAAACUACCAAUAGCCGCUUAGAAGCUACUCGUAGUGGAGUUCCAAUAGCUCUCUUAGAAGCUAUUAGUAGUUUACUACAAAUAGCUCCCUAGUUUACUACUAAUAGCCACAGCCUAGUAAUUAUUAAGUUAGUUACUCUUACACUCUAUCUUCUCUCUUAUACUGACUAGUUUUAGUUUCUAGCUAGGCUAAUUUCUUUUGUAUUUGUGGGUGUAGCUAGACUAGCGUUUUGAAGUGUUAACUCCUCAACUAUUUAUCACUGUGAGUGUGUACACAUACACAUGAAAAUUGUAAUUUUGUGUUUGUUUAGACACCUCUUAAAGCAAGGGAGGCUACUUCAAAAUUUAUUGGAAAUAUACGCCUGCGCAAAAAUUUGAGUUUUUAAUUUUUGGAUUUUCAUCCUUUUUCCUUGAUAAAAAGACUAUUUUAUCAUAAAAUUUUGUUAUCCUUCCACACGUUAUAAUGUAGUGGGCAUCUUGACCUACAAAGUUUAUUUUCCAGUGGACCCAACUUUGGGAAAAAUCAUUGGUCGUUACAUGGUAUCUUUCCAUGUUAGCUUUUGUCAAAAUUGAAAAUAUACCCCUUUCAUUUUUCGAUUCUGACUAUGUACAUUAAUAUUAGGCCUACAUGUAUUGCAAUUUUCAAAGUGAUAUAUUUUUGACAAGAGAUUCUUUGAUUUUUAUUAGUGAGCUGGGUUCAUAUAUUAUAUAGAUCCAUAUUUUGACAUUUUUUCAUGUUUUGAUUUAAAAGUCCAAAUUGAAAAUAUACCGCAUUUAUUUAUUUCUAUUCCAUAAAGACCAAUUUUAAAGGCCAUUUGGUUUUUUACAGGAGGCACAUUGAUUUAUUUUUUUAAUGAGCAGGGUGAUGCUUGACUUAGCUAUGAUAGCUUUUGACCGCCCCCCUUCAUAAUGACCAAAUAAUUUUUUUAAUGUAUUCUAUUUAUUUAAUUUGAGUUUAGGCCAUUAUCAAUGUAAAUAUGUUUCAAAUUUUGUUUAAAUAGUAUUGAAAGGCAAAUAUGGGUCUUGAAUCAUAGCGUCACAUUCUUACAAUUAGCAAUGUAUGCAACCAGGGCCGUCUUAACAACAUAGGAGGCCCUGGGCACAGCAAUGCACCGGGGCCCCCUAGCAACACAAAACAACUUGGCUGUGCGAAGGGGGGCACUCGCCCCAUGCUCAAAGGGGGGGGGGGGGAGCAAACAGUUCUGCUCCCCACCAACUCAUCAAGAGGAAUACAAAUUUAAAAUAAAAAUAAACAUUCAAUAAAGUUAAAUUCAAUAAUAAUCGUUACCAGGGCCGUCUUAACAACAUAGGAGGCCCUGGGCACAGCAAUGCACCGGGGCCCCCUAGCAACACAAAACAACUUGGCUGUGCGAAGGGGGGCACUCGCCCCAUGCUCAAAGGGGGGGGGGGGAGCAAACAGUUCUGCUCCCCACCAACUCAUCAAGAGGAAUACAAAUUUAAAAUAAAAAUAAACAUUCAAUAAAGUUAAAUUCAAUAAUAAUCGUUUUCGUAAUAUAAUAUAAUAUUUGUUAACAAUAUGUAAAGCAUGAUGCCAUUAUAAGAGUGAGUCUCCUUGAAACGUGGAGUCCCCUACAAGUGAGGGGCCCAGGCCUAUGCCUUAAGACGGCACUGUGUGCAAGGCUGUCAUGGGCAAGAUCUUGUGUCAUGAUAGUAUAGUAUUUAAGCUUAGUCUGUUUUUGUGAAUUUCAUUCAUAAUUUUGAACGCAGUGUGCAAACAAUAGGUAGUUAUUAUUCAUGUGCAAAUUUGAAAGUUAGCUUUUUUUAUGGAACACUUUGCCCAUUACAACUCAUUGUGUAUGUCAUAUAGCCUUAUAUUAGUUAAUAGAAUAGCCUCUCAACACUUAACUGGUAAUGGAUAAUACAAAGUGAUAAUAGUGAGAUAAGCUUCAACUUACUUAUUUAAUGUAGCACAGAGUAUACAUGAUUUGUUGAUAUUUCUUGUGAAUGAAAGUUAUUGUAUAGAUUAAAUCCUCAAAACAAAAUUUUUAAAAAUUAUAAUUAAAACACUAGUUAUAGCGGAUUGACAAAAACAGUCAAAUCGGGUCACAAGGUUCAAAGGGUCAUUCCAUUGUAAAAAAUUUACAAACAUGCUCAGACUUAAAAAAUUCAUUUCAUCAAUAUUAAACUACUAAAUGUAGAAAGUUGAUUCUGGUUUCAAUUUUUUUUUGAAGUUUGCUCUAUAGAGCAACAGUAAUAUUUAUUUUUAAAAAUUGGAAUUUUUUUUUUUUACUAAAGUACCAAGUUUUUUUAAUGUCUAAUCAAAAUGAUGAACUGUCACUACCUGAGCCUCUCAUUAGAGAAACAUGAGUGUCUUAAUAACUGACAAUGUAAGAUGUCCAAGUUGUGAUAUUGAGUUAAAUUCAGUAUGAAAGUUUUGUUUUUAUAUUAAAUACUUCCUAACUGCUUUUAAUCACUGUGCCAUUCAAGUCAUAAAGAAAAUUUGGCGGCAAGUGUAUCAACCAUAAAGGAAGUCUGCAAAAACUAUGUGUCUCUUAUGCCCCCUCCAUCCUUGGUCUUGUCCACACUUGUCUGCAUGUGGCUUACCCCUGAGUUUGUGGACGUCAACAUACAGAAUAUUGCAGUGCAAAUUGCCAUGAAGUUUAAUAACUAUUUUAUUGAGUAAUAAAGAGUUACUAGACAGCUUGCUCCUCUGCAGACAUGCAUAUUCUGUCCAUCCCUGAGACACGCACUAAGACAUAUGGUGAACGAUCUUUCUCUUUCUGCGCCCCAAAACAAUGAUCACAAAUUCUCUGUCACUACACAUCUGCAAUAUACCAACCACACAUGCCCUCAAAACACAUCUCUUUAAACUCUACUACCCUGACUGAUUCCCCCCUCUGACCGAUAAAUGACACUGCUGGCUGCAGUCCAUGGCUUGACAUGUAAAAGUUCUGGGGUGGAUGGGGGGAAUAAACAUUUGUUUUUUUGUUAUACAGCUGUUCUUUAAUACAUAAGUGUAUUUUAUUUUAAUGUCACAAUCAUGUCUCUUUUGCUAAUAUGUUUAUGUACAGGGGGGUGAGCCCAGCCCUUGUCUGGGGUACUGUGCUAUAUAAGACCACUAAUAAUGAUAAUAAUUAUAGAUUUAAACUUCAAAAAAAGUGUAAGUGUGAUAAUAUAAAUAAUUUGAUUAAAGUUAACCAGACCUGAAAAUUAGAGAACAUUUUUUUAUAAGCCCUAACUUGCCUUGUUUACAUCUGUUGAUAAACAUAAAUUGCAAGCAAAUACAGCCUUAGCCUCAGAUCCAUGAUCAUGGCAUGUUUCUGAUUAAAAAUAAUAAUUUCCUUUUUCGUUUGGUCUCAGAUGUUAGAAUUUAUUAAGAAUUUUUUCUCUAUGCAUCCAUCUAGGCUUUGAUCAGAUGCGCAAAUUUAAUGGUUGUGUAAAUGCAAAUUUUUUUAAAACUAAGUAACACUACAUCACUUACUCGUUGCUCAAAAGGGUGUUAAAUGUUUGAAGGGUCAUUCUGUACAUGUUCAGUUUUUAUAUCUUCAAUUAAGGUCCAUUUCGUAUAUUUGUGCAUUAAAUGGUGACACAAAAGUAUUAUUAAAACAUACAUUAUGUUAAGUUUUACAUGAUUUCAAAUAUUGCAGUAUUUUUUUAGAAUAUAUUCAGUUUAAAUCAAGUGCUUACUGAUUUUAUUAUUUUUUUUAAAGAAGGGGUAAAAUCAGAUUCAAACUCUUCUUAAUUCUGGAAAUUUUUUUUUAUUCUUUGAUUUUUUAGACUUUGUUUCCUUUGCUAUUUUAAGAUUAUUACUUCAUUAUUUUCCUUUUUUAAGUUAUUAAAUUUGUUUCAAUUUAUUCACUGUUAAAACUUUGUUGUUUUUUUCCCCAGGCCUUUCCACUGCACCUUCCGCUGCAAUAUCAUUUCUAUUAAGCAUUUUAGUGUUUGCUGUGAUGCAGAUAUUUAAAAGUGACUUAGGAUCCAAAGAGUACUUUACGGUGGCUGGAGGAUUUAUUGGCUCAAUAUUGUUCAUCACUUUGCUAACUGUAUCCUUUCAUGGAAUUUCAUGAUAAAUUUCAUUACAAUGAAUUGAUUUACUAAAUAAUAAUAACAUUACACAAAGUAAGGUAUAUAAUAAACAUUUGUAUUUAUUUUUAUUUAAUUUUAUUCACAAUUUGUGGAUGAGUAAUAGUACCUCAUAUUUGAGCUGAGAAAUGGAAUCAUCCAACAGCAAUCAGUAUUUUACCGUUGUUGUUAAUUCCUAGUUAUUGUAAUAUUACAAAUAUUGUGUGCUUACAACUUUUACAGCCUGAAGUAGGUUAGAAGUAAUGUAUGACCUUAAAAACAAAAGGCCAGCCUAUGUCAGGGGUGAGGCAGGAGAUGGGCUAAUAAUACCCAAUACCUGUGGCUGCUUUAAGGAAUGAAAGAGAUAAUUUGUGUUUUUGUUUUUAUUAUUAUUAUUAUUAUUAUUGUUAGUUCCUAAAAAGAUCACGUUAAAAAUAGUUGAACAUUCUCAGUUGUUAUUAAAAUAAUGUUUCAGAAUUUAGAAUUUUCCUUCAUUUGAUUCUAGUUCACUAGCAAUGUUGAAACACUAGCUUUUGGAAAGGGCUUCCAGACUAAACUUUUUCCUGAAGGUAAAAAAACAAACUAUUCAUUUGAAUUAACUAAUAUACAUUUUUGUUUUAUUGACAAUUAUUUUGCCAUUUAGCAUCUUAAUUUUUUUUAAUCUAAUUUAAAUUUCAUCAUCCAGUUAACAUGUGACAUAACAUUAAUUCCACCUAAUGCACCAUAAUACUUUUAAAAAAUUUACAACUUCAUAAUUUUUUAAAUUUUAUUUUUUUCCCCAGUUAUUAUUUGUUUAUUCCUUGCAAUGUUUGCUUCGGCUUUAGUUCACAGAGUCUGUGUAACAACCUGGUAAGUACGCUAUAUUUAUUAUAACAGUACACACAAAUCUAUGUAUAAAAACUCUUCCUUAAUUUAUAGACUGUAUCAUCUUACAAGAAGAUUUAAAGGUGAUCAAGUUAAUGGAUGCAAAAAAUAAUAUUUUUUUUAUAUCCUUUCAAUCCUGUUGCAUCUCAAACAUUUUAAAAUUCCCUUUUAAAUUAUCCUGACAACGGUAACAUUUAUAUCAAACAAAAUAUCAUAGUAAUUAUUAAAUCUGUUCAAUGUAUUAAUGUUAUUAGGUAUUUAAUGUCUUCUGUACAAAUUGGAAAAUCUGAAAAAUCUGAAUUAUGUGUUAAGAGAGGGAUGGUGGUGCUAUAUGUGAGCAAUAUGUAAGAUUGUAUUACAUUCAUGUUUUUUUGCCUGUUUGUCUAGAUAAACUCCACUCCCAUUAUUACAUUCAAAGAAUAAAUCACCCCAUUUAAUUUUUAAUGUGGAAAAUAAUUUUUACAAAGUGAUUUUACAAAGCAAUGGACCAUUAAUACAAAUUACCUUUUCUUAAUUUUUGUUGAAUGAAAACGGAAAUAAAAUUUAAUUGGAGUAAAAAGUUUGAAUUUGAAGCUAAAUUAGGACCAUAAAGCAAAAUAAUACCUGUGAAAGAAUAUAAUUAACUGAUAUGUUAAAUAAUAAUCUGACAUUCAAAGAUAUAAAAUGAUGCAUUAAUUAAUGUAUAUUUUCAAAUAUUUAACUUCUCAAGUAUAAUUCUGAAAAAAUAUUUAAAUGAACUACGGGAGUUCAACUAAAAAUAACAUGCAUUAGGUCAACAAUGGGUUGGUUUUAAGGACCAGACCUAAAUAUAAUCUGAUUAAAAAGUACCUUUUUUUGGGUCAAACCAGUUAUAAAGAGGUAAAGAAAAUUUGCUAAAUAAUUGUUGCAUAAUUAUUUUUCAGUGAAUUAAUCAUGAUUUAAAAAACAUAUUUUUCUGUUUUCCUCUAUUGCACCAUUUUUUACACUCAUGUAGACACUUAGGCCCAAGACCUGUGGGUCUCAAACUUCUUAAUCCAGUGGCUCUUUGAUACAGUUCCUCAUGUUGUGGUGACCCCCCAACCAUAAAAUUAUUUUCAUUGCUACUUUAUAAAUAUGUGUUUUCCGACUGUCUUUUUUUUUUACGCUGAUGUAAGGGUCUUUUCAGCCCGAAAAGGGUUGAGAACCGCUGCUCUAGACACAUGCAUAGCUAUGUUAUAACUUUUAUCUAUCUGUUCUUUUCCAGCUUAAUAUUUUCUCUGGUUGCUCUAUAUUAUAUCAAUCGCAUUUCUCAAAAUCUUUAUGGACCCCAAGUGACAGUGGCUGCCACAAGUUCAACCAAGAAAAGAAAGUAGUUUUAGCAUGUUUAGAUUUGUAUAUCCCUUAGAAACAUCAAGGCUCAAAUUAAAUGCUAGGCCAAAAAAACUUAAUUACUUAAAAUUGCUGUUGUUGGAAUAUUGUUUGAUACUAAUUAUCAGUAACAAAAAUAAUGUUGCAAUGGAAUCCUUUCUGAGCCUAGAAGCUGAACUGUUUUUUUUUCAUAGAAUUUGAAAAGAAAAAACAAUCAUCAAAUAAGAUUUAUGGUAGCUGACAAUACUUUUAAAAAAUAUAUUGAAAUAUUUUGACAUGGCUGUAUGUUUUGAUGGCUGGCACAAAAAUGUCAUGUUGACCCAGCAGUUGGACUUAAACUUGUCAUACUGGUAAAUUAAUGACAUAACACAACUGAACUUUAUAUCCUGGUAUGAAUGUCAAGGUAUAGACAAUGAACCAAAGGACCUCAGUACUGGUUGAGUCUAUUGAAGAUUGGGUCUUUGUAAAAUUUUAUUCAUAGCUACCUGUAGAGAUUUGGAAUAGAUAAUGUAUUCAUUUACAUUUAGUUAUCUCUUCUCCUUAUUUGCGAGUUAAAGAUUAAUCUUAAAGUUUUCAAAUCCAGUGUAAAAUAACUUGAUGUAGUGGUUAAUGAAUGAAUUGCAUGAAAAAUGUUAAUUAGUUCUUUUCCUUUAUGUUUUUAAGGGAUAAUGUUUAUUUAAAAGGUUUAAGUAAUGACACAAGUUGUUUGAAUUCAUCUAUUGAAGAAUAGUAAUAAUUAUGUCAUAUGACACAUGUAUAAUUUUAAGAUCUUUUGUUUUUAUGACAUUAAUUAUACUUAGAAUUUUACUUGAUGGUUCAAGGUGCUUUAUCCUUCAUAUUUCAUCUGUGUUUCACAUUCAGUCAAAUACAAAAUUAAUGCGCCAAGUUUUAUAUUAAAAAAAAAUGUAUUUUAUUUGGCUGCAUUUUGUGCUUAAUUUGUGUUUAUUACUUUGUCAAAUUCAAUAUUUAGGGAUAAAAUCUGCUGAAAUAAAUUGUAAGGAAAAAAUUGUUUUAAAGUUUUGUUGUGGUUUUAUUGUAAUGUAUUGAAUUAUAGCGUGUUGAUCACGGAAGUCUGACAUGACUUUUCAAUUUAGGCUGGGCCAGAUUGAGACCAACAUAAUAGCCUAUAGCUGUCUUACGUUUAUAUCCUUGAUGGCAGAAAAUAAAUAUAGGAUUAUAACUUAUAAGGGGCUGUCCAUUAAUGACAUCAACAAAAUAGGGGGUGACGGGUGGAAGUUACUGGGACUAUGUGCUAUUGCUAAAGAGGAACAUUUGGUUUUUCGAUAAAAAGAUGAAACAAAAAAACUAACACUUAAUUUGCU